AUGGCGGAUCUCCUACGGCUGCUCGGGGCGAUGGGCGUUGGUCGGGGCCGGUCGCGCCAAGACCGGUCGCCUACGGGUUCUCGGGGCGACGCGGGGAGGGCCGGGGCUGGUGGCGCCAUGGUCGGACGCCUGCGGCUGCUCGGGGGGGUGGGGGGGGGGCGGGGCAGGUGGCGCCAUGGUCGGCUGCAUGUUGUUGCUUGGGGUGGUGAGGGAGGGCCGGAGCCGGCGGCGGCUUCUCAGGGCGAGGGACGGUCGGGGCCGACGAUAGCUUCUCACAGCGAGGGAGGGCCAAGGGAUUGGGUGGAUCCGAUCUGGCUGAGGAGGAGGCCGGUCCGACGACGGCGGCUCCGGCGCCGGCGAGCGGCGCGGCGGUGGUCAGAGGUGGAGGCGAGGCCGAGGGGCGCGUGGGGCGGCCGGAUCUGGCGGCGGGCGCAGCGCACCAUGCGGCGAGGCGGCGAGGCUGGAGGCGCACGCGUGCAGGGCGGCGAAGUCGAGCGCGGGCGGGCACGAUCCAAAUCCGGCGGCCCGAGUCAACUUCACCGCGUCGGCACGACUCGAAUCCCUGCCCUGCUGCCUGCUUGCCGCCGGACGGGGGAGGCUCCGCUCCUCUCACUUGCCGCUUGCCACGGGCAGCGAUUGUGCGAGGGGAUCAAUGGACGUGGAACCCUCGCGCUCCGCGGGCCACGACAAGCCCAGCGCGGCGGCGUGGGUGUGGAUUCCGUUGACAAGUACAUGAUUGGGGUGUAUGAUCUCCAACGUGAUGCCUUUGUGCCAAAUAAUGUCGUAGAUGAUCGUCGGCUGUGGCUGAGGAUAGAUUACAACACUUUGUAUGCUUCAAAAUCAUUCUUUGACUCAAAAAAGGGCAGGAGGAUUGUAUGGGGUUGGUCCAGGGAGACAGAUAGUCCGUCAGAUGAUCUUGCAAAGGAUGAUCCCCGGGACAAUUUGGUUACCGCCGAUGGCAAGCAGUUGUUACAAUGGCCAGUUGAGGAGAUUGAGUACCUUCGAACAAAUGAAAUCAACCAUCAAGGACUAGAGCUCAACAAGGGAGACCUAUUUGAGAUCAAGGAAGUUGACGCCUUUCAGGCUAAUGUAGAGAUAGACUUUGAGCUGGCGUCCAUCGAUGAAGCCGAUCCUUUUGAUCCUUCCUGGCUUUUGGACCCCGAGAAGCAUUGUGGGGAAGCGGGUGCAUCGGUUCCUGGUGGUAUAGGUCCAUUUGGACUUGUUAUUGUGGCCUCCGACAACAUGGACGAGCACACUGAGGUGUAUUGGAGAGUCUACAAGUCACAGGAAAAGUACAUGGUACUCAUGUGCUCUGACCUAAGAAGGUCUUCCCUGAGACCAGGACUGGAGAAACCAGCCUAUGGAGGCUUCUUUGAAUUUGAUCUUGCAAAGGAAAGGAAGAUAUCACUCAGAACCCUGAUUGACCGGUCGGCGGUGGAGAGCUUCGGCGGCGGGGGUAGGGUUUGCAUCACAUCCAGAGUUUAUCCGGCGGUGCUCACCGACGUCGGCAGGGCCCACAUUUACGCCUUCAACAACGGAAGUGCCACGGUCAGGGUGCCACAGCUCAGGGCAUGGACCAUGAGGAAGGCACAAGUGAAUGUGGAGAAGGGGUGGAGUGUUAUUUAA